GGUCUUUUCCUGAAGAAAAGACAAAGAGAGUCAGAAACGCUAAUGCAGACAGAGUCCUAUUCACUUCUCAAAGAUUUAUGCAGCAACAUCUUAAAAAAGAAAUCCAGAUUCAUCAGACCAGGCUACAUUUUUCCAGUCUUCAUCCAUCCACUUUGGUCCCCCAAGCAGAGUAACAACAUGGUGCAGGCCAUCAAAUUAACCAUGGAUUAACUGUGAAGACCAAAAGAAUUACAAAUAUGGCUAACCAUAAGAGAGUCCAAGCCUUCUAUAUUCUAAAAAAUACCAUACCAAAAAAGACCUGAAAAUCUGUUAUUGAACAGCUUUUGGGACAUUCACAGCUCUACAAGUUAUGGCACGAUACAGGAACCAAGCACUGAUCUCAGUGACGAUAAUCAUUUCAGUGUUUCAGUUGAGCAUGAGCUACAGUUUCAUGAAUUGUAUAGAAACCGCUGGCUCAAACAAUACAACCUUCACUUGCACUAGACGCCUAGCUCAGACAAUUGUGAACAUUUUGGUUGACAUUCCAGAUGAUUCUGCUACAAACGUUUCAAUCUCUUACUGCACACUUGUCAGUAUUGAUUCAGGUAGCUUCAGUAAACAGUCACAGCUCAAAGUUCUGCUACUCAACAACAAUCACAUUAAGCACAUUCAUAAAGAAGCCUUUGCUAAGCUACACUAUCUUCACACACUGAAUCUGUCCAGCAAUGACAUAGUUUAUCUGGAUUCGUCCAUUUUCCAAGGCGUCCAGAACCUCAGCACUUUGCUCCUGGCUAACAACAGAUUGACAAAUAUAUCAUCUGAACUGUUUUCUAGUUUGUCAAAAUUAGAGAUUCUAGAUCUACGAAAGAACCAGUUAAAGGACUUCUCAGCAGUGGUGAAUUCCAUAUCAAACCUAAAAGUUCUGAAGAAACUGGACAUUUCCUCCAACAGACUUAUCACUUUGCUACACUCAGCCAACUUGCCACAGUCACUUUCCCAUGUUUAUCUUGGUAAUAAUGAGCUGACCACACUUGAAUGCAGAAAUGACUUUCUAAGUAACGUUAAAGUUCUGGAUCUCUCUCACAAUAGAGGUCUGUCUGCCCAAGCUUUCUUUGGUCUAAACCUGAGCAGUCUGACAUACCUACGUCUGCAAUUCACCAACAUUUCUAUCAUAACACUCCUUAAUCAUACUAAUGUGAGUCCGUGGCACGUAGACUUCUCAGGUUUGGGAUUAACAGAGCCCCAAAUGAUUUCACUGUGCAAACAACUGUCAUACUAUCCAAACAAACAUAUUAAAAAAAUGAUCCUUCAGAACAAUGAGCUAAAAGAUCUGAAGAUCUUAACAUUAUCUGACUGUCCCACGAUCACUGAUAUUUUGGACCUUUCAAUCAAUCAGCUGAAAACCAUAGGCUGUUUCCAAUUCCUUGAAAGACAAAAACAUCUUGCGAGACUCAGAAUUGAACAUAACCACUUUUCAGAGCUUUUAAGUUGCAACAAUGGCAAGAAAUUUCUCCACUUGAAGGAACUGAGCUACCGCUACAAUCGCAUUCUUAAAGUGAAUUCCUUUGCCUUCAGUCAUACACCAAAUCUGACAACUCUUCAACUGAAUAUAAACAUAAUUGCGUACUUGGAUCGCAAAGCACUCACUGGACUUAAAGACCUCAUUACACUUCGCUUGGACAACAACCUUCUGUCUGAUAUCUAUAAUGAGAGCUUUGAGGACCUUCAAAGUCUUCGGACACUAAAUUUACGCAAUAACCAAAUUUCUGUCAUAUUCAACAACACAUUCUACUCCCUCAGUCAGUUGAGCAUUUUAGAUUUAGGGGGGAACAAGAUAACACAAUUAAUGCCUCUAGCAUUUGUAGGGCUAGACAGCUUGAACAAUCUUUACUUGGACCGCAAUCGUCUAGCAAAAAUUGAUGGUCAGCUGAUUGGAAGCCUGCAUCGCACAUUGCAUGUGUUAGAUUUACAUGGCAAUGUCAUCCAUUACAAUAAAGAACAUGUACACUCUCCAUUUGUUAAUUUAACAAAGCUGACUGACUUAAAGUUAGAUCGACAGAUGCCAUAUGGCAUCAACUUAUUACCUCAUGCAUUUUUUCGUGGUCUCACAUCCCUGAAAAGUCUUUACCUAAGUAACAAUCAUAUCUCUUUUCUCAGCACUGACACAUUUGAUGACCUAACAAACUUAAAAUUUUUAACAUUAGAUGACUCGUGUGUUGGCAUAACUCAACUCAAGCCAGGAGUUUUUAAAAAUCUUCGCAAGCUAGAGAUAUUAAUGGUUGAGAACAUGGGCAUUGAUUCAUUCUCAAAAGAGGUGUUUGGCAACCUUACAGGACUGAAAGUAUUGCAUCUCAACCACAAUGCCAUGCAGACUUUGGACGUGGACUUGCUGAAAAAUCUAACUAAUCUACAGUAUCUAGAUGUUAGAAAUACUCCCCUCAGUUGCAAUUGUCCCAAUAGCGAGCUCCAGAAUUGGGCAAAAACCAACCAAAGAGUCCAGCUUAUAUAUCUUUACAACCUGACCUGUCCAGGUGUCAAUAAUUCAAACUUUUACAACUUUCAAACCAAUGUAUGUUCGGAUAUUGCAGUGUAUUGCUUUGCCUCCACUUAUGUUGUAACACUGCUACUAACAUUAAUGCCACUACUUUAUGUUAAGCUCUACUGGAAAUUUAAAUAUGGUUACUACGUCUUCCGCUCUUGGUUUGGGGAGCAGUGGCGUCGAAUUAGGGAAGAGGAAGAGAAAUGCACGUACGAUGCUUUUAUCUCCUACAACUCGGCAGAUUUGGAAUGGGUGAUGGAGGAGCUUCUCCCAAACCUUGAAGGGAGUGGAUUCCGAGUUUGCCUCCACCAUAGGGACUUUGAGCCAGGACGCAACAUAGUCGAUAACAUUGUGGCAGCGGUUUACAACAGCCGCAAAACAGUGUGUGUGGUCAGCCAAAACUUCCUCCGUAGUGAGUGGUGCUCCCUUGAGAUCCAAUUGGCCAGCUACCGACUUUUUGAUGAGAUGCAGGACGUGCUCUUACUGGUCUUUUUGGAGUCCAUCCAUGAGCGACAGCUCUCUGCCUAUCACCGUAUGAGAAAGGUUAUGCUGAAAAAGACUUAUCUGCAGUGGCCAGGACUCAAAUGCACAGAUCCUGCCAAGGCAAAGGGGCUGUUCUGGAAGCAGCUUAAGAGAGCUUUAAGAAGCAGCAACUGUAGAGGUCAAGAUGAAGAACAGAUGGAGGAGAAUGUUCAGAAAGAGCAGCAUGCAAGAGCAGAGGAAAGAGAACAUAUCAAGAACCAGCCACAAAUGGUUGAUGAUCCAUAUUACCUAAUGCCCUAACAACAGAUUUGUGAUUCAUGUCUUAUCUCUUAACUUCUGAGGAAAUUAUUAAUGAAAAUAAGCCUAUAUAAGUCUGCAGAUAGAUGGCAUCAAUUUCUUUAUUAAUAACAUUUUCUUUUAAUGAUUGUUUUCUUCACUAUGUACUGGUAAGAGAAUUAACAAUGAACAGAAUGAAAAUACCAUAAAUCCUUUUAAAUAAGAUAAGUCAGACAAAAAAUAAGUAAAAAGAAACCACAAAAAGAUUUUGUAAGAAACAAAGAUGUAAAUAAAAUGACGCUUUAUUGCAAA